AAACCAGAGAGAUAUCAGUGAAGAGAGUAAAGCUUCUUCUUCACUUUUUCUUCUCCCGAGGAACAAGACGAAAUUGAGACUCUGAUUCAACUUUUCUUCUCAUACUCGUCGAAGAAAAGGAGAUUCCUCGAUGGAAUCACAUUCUUCCUUAUCGUCCUCUUCUUCUUCUUCUCCUCCGUCGUCGUUGUCGUCGGAGAGUUGUUGUGUUAAAGUAGCGGUUAACGUUCGUCCUUUGAUCGGAGAUGAAGUAACUCAAGGUUGUAGGGAAUGCGUUUCUGUUUCUCCGGUAACUCCUCAGGUGCAAAUGGGAACACAUCCAUUUACAUUUGAUCAUGUAUAUGGAAGUAAUGGUUCUCCAUCUUCUUUGAUGUUUGAAGAAUGUGUUGCUCCUCUUGUUGAUGGUUUGUUUCAUGGAUACAAUGCUACUGUCUUGGCUUAUGGUCAGACAGGAUCUGGAAAGACAUACACUAUGGGGACUGGUAUUAAAGAUGGUACAAAAAAUGGGCUGAUUCCUCAAGUUAUGAGUGCUUUGUUCAACAAAAUUGAUUCAGUAAAGCACCAAAUGGGGUUCCAGUUACAUGUCUCUUUCAUCGAGAUUUUAAAAGAAGAAGUUCUGGAUUUGCUGGAUAGUAGUGUGCCGUUUAACAGACUAGCCAAUGGAACCCCUGGGAAGGUUGUUCUUAGUAAGUCACCGGUGCAGAUUCGUGAAUCACCAAACGGGGUUAUAACACUAUCCGGUGCAACUGAAGUUCCCAUAGCUACUAAAGAAGAAAUGGCUUCCUGCCUAGAGCAAGGAUCUCUAACCAGGGCAACUGGGAGCACCAAUAUGAAUAAUGAGUCGAGUCGGUCACAUGCCAUCUUCACGAUUACCUUAGAACAAAUGCGCAAGAUAUCUUCAAUCUCAGUGGUUAAAGACACCGUAGAUGAAGAUAUGGGUGAGGAAUAUUGUUGUGCCAAGCUUCACUUGGUAGAUCUUGCUGGAUCUGAAAGAGCUAAACGAACAGGUUCAGGCGGUGUUCGAUUAAAAGAAGGAAUUCACAUCAAUAGGGGACUUCUUGCACUUGGUAAUGUUAUCAGUGCGCUUGGGGAUGAGAAAAGGCGAAAAGAAGGUGCACAUGUUCCAUACCGUGAUAGUAAACUUACUCGGUUAUUGCAGGAUUCUCUUGGUGGAAAUAGUAAAACAGUCAUGAUAGCUUGCAUCAGUCCUGCUGACAUCAAUGCUGAGGAAACUCUUAACACGCUCAAGUAUGCAAAUCGUGCUCGGAAUAUCCAGAACAAACCUGUUGCCAAUAAAGACUUAAUAUGUUCUGAGAUGCAAAAGAUGCGUCAAGAGCUACAAUAUCUACAAGCUACACUUUGUGCUCGUGGGGCAACCUCAUCAGAGGAAGUGCAGGUAAUGCGAGAGAAAAUCAUGAAACUAGAGUCUGCCAAUGAAGAGCUUUCUCGAGAACUUCACAUCUAUCGCAGCAAGAGAGUGACUCUUGAUUAUUGCAAUAUUGAUGCACAGGAAGAUGGUGUAAUUUUUUCAAAAGAUGAUGGCCUUAAAAGGGGUUUCGAAAGCAUGGAUUCAGAUUAUGAAAUGAGUGAAGCAACAUCAGGUGGAAUUUCUGAAGAUAUUGGUGCAGCAGAAGAGUGGGAACAUGCACUUAGGCAGAAUAGCAUGGGCAAGGAACUAAAUGAACUAAGUAAACGUCUUGAGGAGAAAGAGUCCGAGAUGAGAGUAUGUGGGAUUGGAACUGAAACUAUCAGACAACAUUUCGAAAAAAAAAUGAUGGAACUUGAGAAAGAGAAAAGAACUGUACAGGAUGAGAGAGAUAUGUUGUUGGCUGAAGUUGAGGAACUUGCAGCUAGCUCUGAUAGACAAGCACAAGUUGCAAGAGAUAACCAUGCACACAAAUUAAAAGCACUUGAGACACAGAUUUUAAAUCUUAAGAAGAAACAAGAAAAUCAAGUUGAGGUCUUAAAACAAAAGCAAAAAAGUGAAGAUGCAGCAAAGCGUUUGAAAACUGAAAUACAAUGCAUCAAGGCUCAAAAGGUUCAACUACAACAGAAGAUGAAACAAGAAGCUGAACAAUUCCGGCAGUGGAAAGCUUCUCAAGAGAAGGAGUUGUUGCAGCUUAAGAAAGAAGGAAGAAAAACUGAGCAUGAAAGACUCAAACUCGAAGCUCUCAAUCGACGUCAGAAAAUGGUUCUUCAGAGAAAAACAGAAGAAGCAGCAAUGGCUACCAAAAGACUUAAAGAGCUGCUAGAAGCCCGCAAGUCUUCACCUCAUGAUAUAUCAGUGAUUGCCAAUGGCCAACCACCAAGUCGACAGACGAAUGAAAAAUCUCUUCGGAAAUGGCUGGAUAACGAGCUAGAGGUUAUGGCAAAAGUACAUCAAGUUCGUUUUCAAUAUGAAAAGCAAAUUCAAGUACGAGCUGCACUGGCUGUAGAGUUAACAUCGUUGAGACAAGAGAUGGAGUUUCCUUCAAAUUCCCAUCAAGAGAAAAAUGGACAGUUCAGAUUUUUAUCACCAAACACAAGAUUGGAGAGAAUAGCUUCUCUUGAGAGUAUGUUGGAUGUUUCCUCAAAUGCUCUCACAGCCAUGGGCUCUCAGCUCUCAGAAGCAGAGGAAAGAGAGCAUAGCCUACAUGCUAAGCCUCGGUGGAACCACAUUCAGUCCAUGACUGAUGCCAAGUAUUUGCUUCAAUAUGUGUUUGAUUCCACUGCUGAAGCAAGGUCCAAAAUCUGGGAGAAAGACAGAGACAUCAAAGAGAAGAAGGAACAGCUCAAUGACCUCCUCUGCUUAUUACAACUAACCGAAGUCCAGAACCGAGAAAUCCUUAAAGAGAAAAAGACAAGGGAGCAAACAGUGUCCAUUGCGCUGGCUUCAACAUCAUCAUCAUACUCGGUUUUUAAAUUUAAUCCAUAUUUCCACACUAAGAUCCAAAAUUCUUUAUUGGGAAUUUCUCCUUAAAAACGUAUGCAAAAUUUCACUUGUUGCAGGGAAGUUCAAGAAGCUCAUCAAAGCACUAUGGAGAUAAUAACGCUAGUGACGACCCAUCAUCUCCAUCUUCUACUUAUCAUCGAGCAACAAAGCAUCUCAAAUACACUGGGCCGGGUAUAGUCAAUAUCUCGGUGAGAGAAUCAGAAGCUUUAUUAGAAGAGACGAGGAAGAUGAAAGCAAUGAAGAAAAUGGGACAGAGUGGCAAGCUAUGGAAGUGGAAAAGAAGUCACCAUCAAUGGCUGCUUCAGUUUAAAUGGAAAUGGCAGAAACCAUGGAAACUCUCUGAGUGGAUAAAGCAGAACGAUGAGACCACUAUGCACGUCAUGUCUAAGAGUCAUCAUGAUGAUGAGGAUGAUCACUCGUGGAACCGACACUCAAUGUUUCAAGGUGCUUAAAGCUGUAUGUAUAUACAAGAGCCUUUUUUUUUCUCUGUCAACAGAUUCAAUAUUGUUAUACUUUUAUUACGAAAAUCCGUCGAUAUUAAGAAAAUUCCAAUGCUAAGAAAAUUUACACUUUUAAUA